AUGGCGGGGCGGCCACCCACCCGCCGGCCGAUCCACCGGCCCGGAAGAAACGGCGGGCGAGUGGGCGGGCGAGGGGGCGAGCGGGAGGGCGAGGGGGCGAGCCGGAGGGCGAGUGAGAGGCCGCGCGUGCGCAAAGCCCGCCAAGUCCCCCCCGCCGGCCGAACACCCGACCCGAGGGGCGGGGCCUCCGAGGGGGAGGGGCGUGGUCUUCGUGGAGAUGGGCGUGGCUUGUGGUUGAAGGAGGCGUGGCCUGCGACUGAAUGGCGGUGCUCCGAGGAGAUGGGCGUGGCCAUUGAUGGUGUGGGCGUGUCCUGCGAUGGAAUAGGCGUGGCCUCCGAGGAGACGAACGGCGCCUGCGGGGGGGAUGGGCGUGGUCUGCGGGGCGGUGGGCGGGGCCUGCGAAAGGAUGGGCGGGGCAUCCGAGGAGAUGAACGGGGGAUGGGCGGGGCAUCCGGGGAGAUGGGCGGGGCCCGCGAUGGGGUGGGUGUGGCCUGCGGUGGAGUGGGCGUGGCCUCCGAGAAGGUGGACGGGGACUCCGAGAGGGUGGGCGGUGCCUCCGUGGAGAUGGACGGGGCGUGCGAGGGGUGGGCGGGGCCUCUUAGAAGAGGGGCGUGGCUUCCGAGGGGUGGGCGGCCCCUGCGGGGAGAUGGGCGGGGCCUCCUACGAGAUGGGCGGGGCCUCCAGAGGAAUGGGGCGGGGCGUCCUAAGGGAGGGGCCUCCUGGGCAGGGAGGAGCAUCCGAGGAAGGGGCGGGGCCUCCGAGAAGAUGGGGGAGGGGCCUCCUGAGCGGGGAGGAGCACCAGAGGAAGGGGCGGGGCCUCCGAGAAGAUGGACGGGGACUCCGAGAAGAUGGGCGGGGCCUCCGAAAGGGACGGGCGUGGCCACCGAGGAGGUGGGCGUGGUCUCAGAUGGGGUGGGCGUGGCCUCCGACGUGCUGGGCGUGGCCUGCGAAGGGAUGGGCGGGGUCUUCCAGGGGAGGGGCCUCCUGAGCAGGGAGGGGCACCGAGGAAGGGGCGGGGUCUGCGGGGAGAUGGGCGUGGCCUGUGAGGGGAUGGGCGGGGCCUCCGAAAGGGAUGGGCGGGGCUUCCGAGGUGGUGGGCGUGGCCUGCGAAGGAGUGCAGUUUAG